AUCGUAUUCAACGUCUGGGCCGCCUGUGGUUUUGAGCAUAAUGUUCGCUAAAUAUGCAGGAGUCAAUGUUAUUUAUAAUCUACCCAUGCUUGCCCUUCCGCAUUUGUGAACCGAUACAUGCAGGGGUAAUGUGUAUCAAGAUAUCUUGGAUCUUGGCGACCUAUUUCUGGCAAAACUUCUUCUUUGUAACAUACUUUUGAGCAAGUGAAAGCUAAGCUGCGACACGUAAAAAAUAAGCCAUUUUCGCCAUAGGGAACGUGACGCGUAACUAACUGCGUGACAGAAACAUAAACAAAAUAGGCGCGAAACCUUUUGGAAAAUUCAAAGAUCAGUUACGUAAUUUAUGCGCACAGGCUUGUUGCUCGGUUCAUUCUUGUCUUCGAAGCGAACACAACUAGAAGCAUCUGGCCACGCAAUCACAACGAUAGUUGGCGUUUUAGAUACAUCCACAACAGAAAAUGGAGGCAGGCAGCGAAACUGAAAAUGUAAUAACUAUUGUAGCGAGGCGAGCAGGAAUUAUGGAAUCUGUUCUUCGACUUAUGAUCAGCUUAUUGGCAGGUUUGCCUCUGGCAUUUAUUUAUCGAGCCUUUUGUUACAGGAAGAACGCUUCUAUUCAGCACCUAUUUAUCAGUGUGUGUGGACUUGCACUGGCUUUCUUUUGCUUCGGUUGGUCAUGUCUCCACUCCGUGUUCAACGUUCUCUUGGCUUACUUGUUACUUCGAGUGGGUGGUCCACAAACCUUGACUGUUAUCCUGAUGUUUCUUUUGAAUGUGGGUUAUCUGAUAAUUGGAUAUGCGUUUAAGUCUUAUUCGCAAGAUUACUCCGUGUCAUGGACAACAGCUCACUGUGUCUUGUGUCUUCGUCUCACUGGCUUAGCGUGGGAUUAUUAUGAUGGACAUCAAGACCAGAGGAAAUUGUCCGAGGAUUUUAAAAGAACUGCCAUCUGUCACUGUCCAUCGUUGUUAGAGUUAGUUGGAAUGUCUCAUUUCAGUACCUAUUUUUUCCAGUUUCCGAUGAAAAAGUACUUAGCAUUGAUAGAAGGGAAGCUAAUUGAUAAGAAAGACGAUGCCUCUUAUUCUCGGGUUUUAGCUGGUGUUAGGCGCUUCACACUCGGGUUGAUUUAUCUGGCCUUGUACACCGUACUGCAGCCGAAAUUUAAAGAGAGUUUUCUUAUAACCGAAGAGUAUGAUCACAAGUCGUUCUUUUAUAAGCUCUGUUACGCCAUUGGAACUACCAAAGCCAGUGUUAUGAAGUACCAAGCAGUCUGGUUAAUAGCUGUAAGUACUGCUGAUAAAUGAAAUAAUCAGUAUCCAUGGCAACCUUUGACAUGAAAUUGUUCGUUUGAAUCAGCGAACGUGAGACAAGACCCUAUUUGCAAUCGCUCUAAUUAUUGAAUUUAUUCCAUUGAUAUUUGUUCCAUUCUCCACGAGAAGCAACACGCAGAAACAAUCAUCAUAGGUAACAAAAACUUAUGACCAUUAUCCCUCAAGCUAAUGUUGACCGGCGCCAGUAACUAAAUGAGGGAAUGAAUUCUAUUUGUUAUUAGCCCAUUGCAUUUUUGUUUACAAAUUUCUGAAUUUCAUCACUCUGUAACUGUGGAUAACAGUGAAAAAUCUAUACACCAGGCCAUCCAAAUAUUGUCGUAACUGUAAGAGGGAGUUAGUUUCAUUUGACUGUUUCUUAAACAUGGAAUUUCCUUGCUGAUCUUUUGGUCGAGUCAAAGGAAAAUGGCUU